AUGGGACGCAUCCUGCCCGCGACUGUCCUCGCGGCCAUCUCGCCAUAUAUUUGGUCAUCAAUAUUGGCCAUCUCCACCACCCUGGCCCUGGCAUUCAUCAUGUCCGGGUUAUCCAAGCAUCGGCGCUCGGACGCUCCAGAGCGGCCCUUUGUGCCCACGACGGUAACCACCUCUCCAGAUCACUAUGGCCGCCUGAACCCAGAGAACGAGGCCAACCUUGACAUGGUCCGCGGUGUCACAGGCGAGUCCUUUAUACGGGAUGGCCGCCCCCAUAAAAAGCAUCACCCUUCGCCCAAUGCACGGCCCAACAGCGCCUCGAGGAUUGCGUCGGAUGCUGCAGAGCCCAGAGAACGUGCAUGCCACAUCUUCAAGCUCCCGCCCGAGCUCAUCGAUGCUGUGCUCAAAUUCUUGCCGCCGCUCGAUCUCGUGGCAGCGGCGCGUGCGUGCUCGACGCUCCACGCCUAUGCGCUCUCAGACCUGCACUGGCAGCCCAUUGUGCAGGAAAAUGUGCCCGGUGUCAAGGUCGCAACACCGUAUCCGUGCGACAGUUUUCACAAGCUCUACGCGGCGCACGAGCUGUUUUGGUUUCUGCCAAGACACAAAAUCUGGUUCAGCAACCGGGAGAUGACCGGCAGACUCAUGCUCACACGCUACGACCCAAGGAGAGGCUGCAUCGAGGGGCUACAACUCUUGGCCAUCAGUCACAACACGACAUACCAGCCAUACGCUGCGGACCCCCACGUUGUGGUUCAUCGCUUCACGCCCAUGGUCAGCUUACACCUCGACCGCCCGAUCCUGCAGUUCAAGGUUGGCGACCGCGACAGUGAUGUUGCUGGUGGAUUCUCGCGGCGACAGGGCGCCAACCGGUACGCCGACGAGGUGCCCAUGGUCAUGGACGAGCGACAGCACAACGUCUACAGUAACUUCAGCCUCACUAAGUCGCUGGACCGCGACAGCUGGGCAGGCAAACCAGAGCGGCUCCUUCGCAUAGCCACCUGGCCGCCGCCAAGCAUCUCUUCCCGGGACCUCACAUCUACGAGCCGAGCUGGAUCGCGACCACAGUCCCGGGGCGAGGUCUCAGAGCGCACCUUCAUGAUCAGAAGGUGGAUCCAGAUGCUGGGAGGCUUCGGGGGCCACAAUGCGCCCCCAGCGCUGCGGGAUGGGCCCUGGUCCUCGUUCGCCAUGGCGACCGGCGGGCAGAUUGGCGAAGAGCUGCUGACUUAUUCGACGCUGGACCCGGAGCUGUACACGCCCACUCCGGAAAGAUCCUUUCGGGGGAUCUGGGUGGGCGACUACUCGGGCCACGGAUGCGAGUUCCUCUUGUUCAACCAGCCGGACCAACCCCCCGCGACGGACCAAGAGCUGCAGCUGGUGCGUGGCGCAGGCGAGUCCGACAGCGACUGGGCGCAGAGGCGCGCAGAGGCACGGUCUCUGCGUGGUCGCCUCGAGGCCAUCAAGCUCACAGGCGACCCCAACGUGCCGCGGGGCGAGUACACCUUUGUCGCGGAGGAACUCGGGCCCGGGGGCUACCUGAGGACGGCCGUGGAGGAACCAUUUGCUGGGGCUCGUGUGGUCGAGAGCAAGGGUCACGUUGCCGGCACGGGCUUUGUGGGGGACAAGUAUCUGGACACGGAGCUGUUCAUCAUCUCACAAGACGUGGUGGCGCAGUACUGGAAGGAAUUUGGACACAUCAGCUUUUUUGAGCGUGUGAACAUUGCCGAGUACCUCAACCCCACGGCUUGA